GUGGUUUCUGACAUAGUGCAGGAAGGGCGUCGGUCAGAGAGGCGGUUCUGGGACAGAGGAGCCGACCAUCAGUCAGGCAUGUCGUCCUGUGUCCGCAGGGACUUCUGUCUGGACACUGGUGACUUCUUAUAGCAGCGACGUAAAGCGUUUAGUUGUCGAAUAGACAAAGAAAAGAAAAAAUAAAAGAUGAUUUUCUGGACGUUCUCUCCGCUCCUUCAGCUGCUGCUUCUAUCACAGAUUGAAGUUCGAGCUCAAGAGGAAAACAGGGUGGUCUUUCUGCCCGGGACCUUUCAGAACGUCAGUGUACCCCAAAAUGAGACGGUGCAGGUGGUGGUGUCCAGGAUUUCUCCAAACGUCACGUUCGUGACUCUUCAGUUUCACACACAGCGACACAACGUCACCCUGUCGUACAACAGGGUACCAGGUGUCGGUCUCUUCAUGACGGCCCAGGACUCAGGUCUCCUCUCAGCCCUGCAGCCAGGACAGACCUCCGUCUCCUUGUUCCUGUCCUCCCCUGACAGUAAGACGGUGACGGGGAUUGGACUCAUCCUGCCCUUCUCCACCACAGACCCCGUCCCUGGAGGCUGUAACAUGGAGUUCAACCUGGACAUCGACCCCAACGUUUAUAUCCACUACAACCUCUACGAGACCACCGUUCACUUCGCCCCAGCAAACAUAGGAACUGGGAGAGGUCAAGCUCCUCCCCUCUGUGACGAGUCUGCAGAGUUCAGCACUCACUGGCGGCUCCGCUACGACAUCUACCAGUACUUCCUGCCAGAGAACGACCUAUCAGAGAGCAGCCUGUUCCGCAGCCUCCAGGCCGUGGCUGACGCCCGCGGCAUGGAGGCCCGAGGCAGACGAGUCAUGACGUUGUUGUCCUCUGACGUCACCAUGGCGGUGUUCAACUCCAUCCCCGGCCAGGGCGUCAUUUACUCCGUCGUCGUCAGAGACCCCCUGUGGAACACCUCCUCCUCCUACGUGCCCUCACACACCUACGCCUGCAGCUUUGCCUCCACCAUGGACGGCUGCCACACCUUAGGAAAAGUAUCAACUAAAUUGUUCUUCACCCUCAUCGGUUUGGUCGGACUCUUCAUCUGCUUCUUUGGACAUCGGUUUUUCAAAUGUGAACUGUUCUGCAUGGGCUUCAGCUUCGCAGCGUUCUUCUUGUUCGUGUUGAUCACGCGGACCACAGACCUGGACUACAACAUUCGUCUGGCCCUGGCCGCGGUGGUCGGCGUCCUGGGCGGUGUCGUCCUGGUGAUGAGCUGGUGGAGGUUCGGCUCCGUCAUGGCCUGUGUCGUGGUGGUGGGUUUGAUGCUGGGCUUCGUCGUGGCCUCCAUCGUCCUCUUCACUCCUCUGGGUGACAUGGACGUGUUCCGACAGUCUGACGCGGUUUACUGGGUGACGUUCUGCUGCAUCAUGCUGACUGUGCCGCUGGUCCUUGUGCGUUGGCCCAGAGAGGGCAACAUUAGCACGUGUGGCGUGGUGGGCGGUUACGCCGUGAUCCUGGCCGUCAACGCCUACAUGUACACCAGCCUGUCCUUCAUCACUCUGAACGUCCUCAAACGCCUCCUCAACAACAACUACAGCUCCGUCUUCACGGACGUUCCCUUCCAGACCAUCGACUUUGUCCUGAUGACGGUGUGGGCGGCGCUGGGCGUGUCCGGCGUCGUCCUGCAGCUCUACAGGGAGCGCUCGCGGCCGUUCUUCCCUCCCAGUCCGUACCUGAUGUGGCUGCAGGAGCGCGAGCGUCGGAAGACCAACGUCCUGGACCCCAGCCACCACUUCCCUCCGCUGCCGAACCGCCUGCUGGCCCGAGCGCGGCAGCUGACCAAACGCAUGGAGCCGGCGGGAGAGCACACGCCGCUGCUGCUGUGACCACCCGUCGACCUCUGACCUGGGGAUGAAGGUGGUGGUUUGACCUCUGACCUCAGUGCCGUGGCGGAGGCGGCAGCUCCUCAGGUAGACUUUUAUUCUGACAGACUUCACUUUGGUGGAAGAACAUUUUUAUCUUGAAGAAAAAGAUGAAAAACUUCUUCACCUGCGUUUUUAUCGACUCACGUCGCUGCUAAACCGUCGUCGUCCGUCGCUUCUGCUGAGUUUGCACUGAAGUCACGUCUACUAAUCAGUAGAGGGCGCCGGAAGAGAUGAUGAUUUUUACCCUCAGGUUUUUAAGGCACAGAACCAGGCGUUAACAGUAGAGGUACUCACAUGGACGGUACCGAUCCAAGGUCCUGUGGAGAAGAUGGACGGGUUGACCCCUGACCCUUGAUAUGCACUACAUGUUAUGAUGAGUGGGGGGGGUGGGCUGGGGGGUGGGGUCGUAGGUGACCAGGCUGUAGAACAGUUGGAACAGAUUCUUCUUUUUUAAACCACUUCUGAUGUCGGUGCCACAAAAACUGAUUUGUAUUUUCCACAAAUGGGAUUUUAAAAUGUUUUAGAAAAAAAAAAGUUCUGCAGCAGAAACUGAGACUUUGCUCCUCUCUCACCCGCUCCUCUCUCACCCGCUCCUCUCUCACCUGCUCCUCUCUCACCCACUCCUCUCUCACCCGCUCCUCUCUCACCCGCUCCUCUCUCACCCGCUCCUCUCUCACCCGCUCCUCUCUCUUCUGGUAGUUUUUAUCUUCUAACACACGAAUGCAUUCACUGUCAACACGUGACAUCAUUAAUAAAUGUGGACAGAAAGUU